AUGUCGGAGGUGCUACCCUACGGCGACGAGAAGCUGAGCCCCUACGGCGACGGCGGCGACGUGGGCCAGAUCUUCUCGUGCCGCCUGCAGGACACCAACAACUUCUUCGGCGCCGGGCAGAACAAGCGGCCGCCCAAGCUGGGCCAGAUCGGCCGGAGCAAGCGGGUUGUUAUUGAAGAUGAUAGGAUUGAUGACGUGCUGAAAAAUAUGAGCGACAAGGCGCCUCCGGGGGUGUAACCCCCACAGCGAGUGCGAGGGAAGAGUAAGGACGAGAUCACGGUCAUUGGCAAAAAGCAUGAGAAAAGAAAGCACUUGGAAAUUUAUUACUAGCUUGCUUCCACGAUGAAAUCAACAACCUGUAUCUCGUGUCAGGCCGGGAAACAGAUGAGGCGUGAGGAGGAGGAGGAGGAGGAAGAGGAAAAGGAGGAGGAGGAGGAGGCGGCGGAGGCGGCUUUGGUCUUCUCUGCAAAAAUAAAAAUAAAAAAUAAAUAAAAAGUAAAAAAAAAUCACUAUAUACACACAUAUAAAGAAUAAAAAGAAGUCUCAGUUGCAGCUAUUUGUCAAAAUUAAUAUCCAUUUCUUUUUCUAUCUGGUGAAUAUUGCGCAAUUAUCUGGAUGGGAGGCACUUGCGAAUCUGCAGCCGCGGGUGUUUUGAGGUGUUGGCAUUCUUUGCUGAUUUGGCCGUUCCCCAUGUUUACAUUAUUUAAUCUUGCAAAAAUGAUUCUUGCACUUGGAUGUGAAAUGCUGUUCAGUUUUUUUUUUUUUUAAAUGUUAUCCUUGGAUGUACAAGAGAAUCAGAAAAUGAUGUCUGUAGAUACUGUUUGAUUUUGGUCAUCCUUUGAGGUUAUAUGAGGAAUGUGUCUCGAACAAGAAGAUAACUUUUCGAAGGGACGAGACGAGAGAGGAUCCUUGUUUUAUUUUAAAAUAAAGUGUGAAGCUUGUGUUUGUUGCAGCAAGCUAUUUGCCCAAGUUAAUGCAAAUGGACACGUUUUAUAUGUCAGGACAAAAAAAAAAAAACAUGAAAAACAAAAAAAAUGCUUGAGCUUUCUCCGAGGCCCCUGGCAGUCUAUUGUGUGAGCAGCCUGAUUUCUCUCUAAUAUUGUGUCAGUUUAUUCUCUUUAAUGGACUGUAAAAAAUGUAACCACAAGAGUGCCAAAUAUCUUGAAAUGCCAAAAGGCAUUUUGGUUUCGUUUCUCUCCCCCGUGCUCGGAGUCCACGUAAAGGAAUGCUGGGAGCGUCUUUUCUGUUAUUUAUAGGGAUUCUCUUAAGGCACACCAGCUGCCUGUUUUGCAUGGUAUUUGCAAAAAUGCCUCUUGCGUGAGGAAAUCUUUUACCGUUUUUCGUUUGCAACUUUGGACCUCAAGAGGUUUCCCGUCCCUUUCCCGGUUCCCUCUUUUCUGAAUUGGAUAUUCUGUCUGUUGCACCUUGAACCAGCACACAGGGCUCUCUCCAAUGUACAAUAAAAGAAUGUUCCUGUGUC